AUGCCCUCACGUGAAGACCAGAAUGUGGUGGAAACGAACGGGCUGUCCGUCUGCCAGCUAGACCAGCCGUUUCCAAGUCAAGAUCAAAAGGAAAUUGAUCUCGCUCUACGAACAAUUCGAUGCCUGAUCGCGGACUUGUGCCAGCAGUACAAGGGCGGACACCCUGGUGGCGCGAUGGGAAUGGCUGCGAUUGGCAUCGCGCUGUGGAAGUACUGCAUGAGAUACGUGCCGACGAGCCCCGACUUCUUCAACCGGGAUCGGUUUGUGCUCUCCAACGGCCACACCUGCCUUUUUCAGUACAUAUUCCUGCAUCUGACUGGCUACCCAGCCAUGACGAUGGACCAGCUGAAGUCGUACCACUCAGAGCGGACAGACUCGCUCUGCCCAGGCCACCCAGAGAUUGAAAUCGACGGCGUUGAAGUGACCACCGGGCCACUUGGGCAAGGUGUCGCGAAUGCGGUGGGUUUGGCUAUGGCAACAAAUCAUCUCGGUGCUGUCUACAACAAACCCGGCUACCCUCUUGUGGAUAAUAUGACAUGGUGCAUGAUUGGCGACGCCUGCCUUCAGGAAGGUGUUGCAAUGGAGGCGAUUCAGCUCGCCGGACAUUGGAGGCUGGAUAAUCUGGCUAUAAUCUACGAUAACAAUCAGGUAGCGUAUGCUCUGCCUAGUACCGGUUGGACCUACACUGACAGAAGGGAACCUCAGAUUACGUGUGACGGAAGCGUGGACAUUUGCAACUCCGAAGAUAUCAAUGCCAAAAUGAGAGCAUGUGGCUGGGAUGUGAUCGAUGUUGAAGACGGCUGUUAUGAUGUUGAAGCAAUCGUAGCCGCUCUGAUGCUCGCCCGAUGCAGUAAGGAGAAGCCGACCUUCAUCAAUGUACAGACCGUGAUUGGCAUCGGGAGCAAAGUCGCUGGUGAUGCCAAGGCCCACGGUGCGGCAUACGGCGAUGACGAGGUCGCCAACAUCAAGCGAAAAUUCGGAAUGAACCCCGAUGAGCAGUUCACUGUGUCGGACCAAACCUACAGUUUCUUCCGUGAGGUUGAAGCAAGAGGCCGAAACUUGCAAGAGACCUGGAACCAGCUCGUGCAAGAUUACUCGACGGCGUAUCCAGAUUUGUACAAAGAGUUCAAGAUGCGAAUGGAAGGGAAAUUGACCGAGGACUGGACAAAGAUCAUUCCGUCAAAAGAAGAAUUCCCAACAACCCCAACACCCUCCAGAAAGUCCGCUGGUCUCUGUUGCAAUCCGCUAGCUUUGAAUGUGCAGAACUUCAUGGUAGGCACCGCCGACCUGACUCCUUCGGUGAACAUGGCUUGGAAGGGGAAGGUUGAUUUUCAGCAUCCUGAACUCAACACAACUUGUGGGCUUAAUGGCGACUACAGUGGGCGAUAUAUUCACUGGGGUAUUCGAGAGCAUGCCAUGGCUUCCAUCUCAAACGGAUUAGCAGCCUUCAACAAAGGCACUAUCCUGCCCAUAACUUCCAGUUUCUUUAUGUUCUACAUUUAUGCCGCCCCUGGCAUUCGGAUGGGCGCACUUCAAGGGCUACAGCAGAUCCACAUAGCCACCCACGACUCAAUUGGGACAGGAGAGGAUGGACCCACACACCAACCGAUUGAAUUAGCAGCCCUUUACCGUGCAAUGCCUAAUAUUCUCUAUAUUCGGCCUUGUGAUAGUGAGGAGACAGCUGGUGCGUUUUCCGCAGCAUUGCAGGCAAAGUCCACCCCCACGAUCAUCUCGCUGUCCCGACAGAAUUUGGAGCAGUACCCGCAAUACUCUUCACGAGAUGGGGUCCAGCGUGGUGCAUAUGUUUUCCUCGAAGAUGAGCAAGCCGAAGUUACAUUGAUCGGCGUCGGUGCUGAGAUGGCAUUCGCAGUACGCACGCGGCAGGUGCUACUGGACCGUUCAAACAUCAGGUCGCGCAUUGUCAGCUUCCCGUGUCAGCGUCUCUUCGAACAGCAGAGCCGAGAAUAUAAACGAGAGGUCUUGAAAUAUCGGUCCGGAAUCCCCAGUGUCGUCAUUGAGGCGUACGCAGUUAAUGGCUGGGAGAGAUACGCCGACGCCGGCUACACAAUGAGCACGUUCGGACAUUCGCUACCCGGUGCGGCGGCGUAUAAACAUUUCGGGUUUGAUGAGCAAGUGAUUGCACCAGAGGUGGCAAAGCUCGUUGAGGAGGUUCGGCGAGACGGGAUUGAAAGCUUACGUGGAGAAUUCCGAGACUUGAACCCGGUCUGCCAUUGA